GAGCUAAAGGGAGCCUGAGGCUGGUGACCACAAGGCCUCGGUGCAGGACUCUAGGGAAGCGAGGUCCUCGCAGCCAACAGCUCCGCGAGGCGCAGGCCCGGUGGUUCCAUCGUGACCACUGCAGAAGGACAAUAGCUCAUCAAGCCCCACGAAAGCCCCCGGACCCGUCGCGGAGCCUGGGCUGGCGGGGGAUGAGGCUGAGCGACUCCUCCUAGAGGUGGUUAUGUGGAGAAGGAGCAAUCCCUUCUCCCUCCUCCUCCUCCCCCCGCUACUAUCCGCGGCCCGGAGAACUGCCGCUUGCCGCCAUUGACACGCACAGAUACAACCCCAAGAAAGGCAGGGUCCUGCCCGACACCAGCGGCACGCGGGCCGAACCUGUGGCCAGGGAUUGGCGCGCACUAGGCCACCGGGCGCCCGGAGCCCGCGGCGCAGCACCAGGGUUGUGUAAGUGCCAGGAGGUCACUGUGUCAGCAAGCUGAGAGGGAAACUGAGCCAAGAUGUCAGGCCGGAGCGGGAAGAAGAAAAUGUCCAAGUUGUCCCGGUCAGCCAGGGCCGGUGUCAUCUUUCCAGUAGGUCGGUUGAUGCGUUACCUGAAAAAGGGGACAUUCAAGUACCGGAUCAGCGUCGGUGCACCCGUCUACAUGGCAGCCGUCAUUGAGUACCUGGCAGCGGAAAUCCUAGAGUUGGCUGGAAAUGCUGCAAGGGACAACAAGAAGGCCCGGAUAGCCCCAAGACACAUCCUGCUGGCCGUUGCCAAUGAUGAGGAGCUCAACCAGCUACUGAAAGGAGUGACCAUCGCCAGUGGGGGUGUCCUGCCGAGAAUUCACCCUGAGCUGCUGGCCAAAAAGCGAGGGACCAAAGGAAAGUCAGAAACGAUCCUCUCCCCACCCCCAGAGAAAAGAGGAAGGAAGGCCGCAUCGGGCAAGAAGGGGGGUAAGAAAUCCAAGGCCACCAAGCCCCGGACGUCCAAGAAGUCCAAACCAAAGGACAGCGAUAAAGAAGGAACAUCAAAUUCCACCUCGGAAGAUGGGCCGGGGGACGGUUUCACCAUCCUGUCUUCCAAGAGCCUCGUUCUGGGGCAGAAGCUAUCCCUGACCCAAAGUGACAUCAGCCAUAUUGGCUCCAUGAGGGUGGAGGGCAUCGUCCACCCAACCACAGCCGAAAUCGACCUCAAGGAAGAGAUAGGUAAAGCCUUGGAAAAGGCUGGGGGUAAAGAGUUCUUGGAAACAGUAAAAGAGCUUCGCAAAUCCCAAGGCCCUUUGGAAGUUGCUGAAGCUGCCGUCAGCCAAUCCAGUGGACUCGCUGCCAAAUUUGUCAUCCACUGUCACAUCCCCCAGUGGGGCUCGGACAGAUGUGAAGAACAGCUGGAAGAGACCAUCAAAAACUGCCUGUCUGCAGCUGAGGACAAGAAACUUAAGUCUGUCGCCUUCCCACCUUUCCCCAGUGGCAGAAACUGCUUUCCUAAACAGACAGCCGCCCAGGUGACACUCAAGGCCAUAUCGGCCCACUUCGACGACUCCAGCUCAUCCUCACUGAAGAAUGUGUACUUCCUGCUCUUCGACAGCGAGAGCAUCGGUAUCUACGUACAGGAGAUGGCCAAACUGGACACCAAGUAGCUCUCCAGUGGGGAUGGAGGAGGAUCAAUGUCAUGUCACAAGAGCAGGGGUUUUAUUUUUUAAAAGGAUUGAGGAAGGGUGACAUGGCAGGGGAGCAGAGGGUGGCUGAGUGGGUAGCAAGGGCAGUGGGAACCAGUCCUGCCUGCCUGGGGAAGGGGCCCGGUGCGUUUUAUAUUCUCUUUACAAAGGGCCACUUCCAAAAUUAACCAGGUCUCCACCAGGGGUUUCUUUCCAUGUGUUUUCUUCCUGUUGUUUUAGAACUUUUUUUAAAAAAACAAACAUAAAAAUAGACCUUGUUUAGAUUUAUAGCAUUGACUUUUACACACUCUCAAUCUCUCUCUCUCUUUCUCUCUCUCUUACACACACACACACACACACACACACACACACACAGAGUCUUUUCAAAGUUCUUAAGUCUUUGGUUUCUGAGUCAAGAGGGUGAGACAGCCACUUGGGUGAACUGGCUGUCUCCCUCAGGGGAGAGAAGAUGGAAAAGACGUCCUAGGGUGCUUUUCUCUUCUGUUAUAAGGUCCCCUCCCUGACGCCUAAAAUAUUUGUAACUACACCUCAAAGGGUUUUGCCUUGGGAUUUUUGUUUGUUCAGUUUUUGUUUUUUAAAGAAAAAGAAAAAAAUGAAAGAAAAAAAAUAAAAGAUCCAGUGUCUUUCUUA